AAUUUUCAUAUUCAACUCCGCAUUUCUUCGUUCACAACCUUCUUUCAAGUAUGCAAUAUUUUCUUGCUUUUAAUCUUAAGAAAUAGAUGAUGUAUUUUAAAUAUUUGAGGGAAGUGCUUCGAAAUUUUAUGUCAAUUUUAUGAUUGGAGAUGGCGAUUGAGAUUGGUUUGAAGGAGGCAAGUAUUAGGAUUCAUAGAAAUGGUGGUUGAGAUUGGUUUGAAGGAGGAGAGGAUUAGGAUUCAAUGUAAAUGGAUGAGAGUUCAAUAUUUAAAAUUGAUAGAAAGGUUGACUUGGCGUCAUAGUAACAAUGUCAUGUAUUAAACGAGUAUGCCACAUGUCGAAUCAAUACUGAAUCACUUUGAACUGUGAAGAAGAACGCGUUGAAUGGAGCAUAAUCCUACAAAGUACAAACUGAAACUGGGUGAGUACAAUCUCUUUUCUCUUCACAAAUGUAUCAUUUCCUCAUUGCUAGAUUCACCCAUCAUAGGAUCCUUCACUCUACUGUUCUAUGCCGCAAUGCUUAUUCUCUUUUCUUCAAUUCUUGUUCUUUCUCUGUUUCUAACACAAACCACCAUCACCAAACCGACAACCUUACCUUGUCAAACCUCGUAAAUUCAUGCGGUCUGUCCCCUGAAACUGUCCUUAAACUCUCCAAAAGGUUGCAAACCAUAAACCCUAAUGGCCCAAAUGCUGUAGUUCAACUUCUCACCAACUAUGGUUUCUCUGAUUCCCAAUUACGUAGCUAUGUCAAGAAACAACCUUUGGUACUUUUAUCAGAUGCUGAAAAGACGCUUUUGCCAAAGCUCAAAUUUUUGCAAUCCAUUGGGGUUUCCACCACUGACCUCCCCAAAAUCCUAAUCGGAAACACUUUCUUUUUGUCAAGAAGCUUAGAGAAACACAUAAGGCCUCGUUAUGAGGUCAUUAGAAGCCUAGUUUCCAAUGAUAAAGAGGUGGUUUCAGCUUUGAAGUACGGGUCUUGGAACCUUCGCUGUGGUUGGGUUGUAAAUGAUGCAGUUCUCAACAUUGAGGUUUUGAGGAAGCAUGGUGUGCCUCAACCUUGCAUUUCCCUUUUGGUAUCCAAUUUUCCUGGUGUAGCAUUCACCAAGCAUUCUAUAUUUGUUGAGGCUGUUAAUUCAGUCAAGGAAAUGGGGUUCGACCCUUUCAAGUCGAAUUUUGUUUUGGCACUCCAGGUGUUUGCGAAAAUGAAUAAGGAUAUUUGGGAAUCAAGAUUUAAGAUUUUCGAGAGAUGGGGUUGGUCAAGAGAUAUGUGUCUUUCCGCUUUCUUAAAGUAUCCGCAAUAUAUGAUGAUUUCAGAAAAGAAGAUUAUAAAAGCAAUGAACUUCUUGGUGAAUGAUGUUGGUGUUAGCCCCAAAGAUAUUGUGAGAUGGCCUGGUAUGUUGAACCGCAACUUCGAGAAGACAUUUAUCCCUAGAUGGGCUGUUGUAAAAAUUUUGAGGUCAAGGGGUUUGGUAAAGAGUGAUUUACUCAUAAGUAGCAUUAUUUCGAUAACUGAGAAAAAGUUUUUGAAAAGAUAUGUAACCCGAUUUCAAAAAGAUGUGCCUCAGUUAUUGGAUGCAUAUAAUGGUCAGAUAAUUGAUCAUCUUGGUAUCCUCUAAACUUUGAAAGUUUGAAUUGGUUGUACUUGAUUGCAAAAGUUGAUCAUUCAUUUUUUUAUGAUUUGCAUAUAUAGCUUAA